UCACUAUCCACAAUCUCGCAAGUUACUCUCAUUCCUCAAUCCUCAUCGUACUCUCUUUACUCAGGUUUUCUCUGAAUUUAAAAGAUAGAAACAAUGUCGGAAAAGGUGGGAGCGAUGGGUGGUAACAAGGGAGGAGCGUUCGACGAUGGUGUUUUUGAUGGUGUGAAGAAAGUAAUAGUUGGAAAAGACUUCAGCAAGGUAACUUAUAUCAAGAUCGAAUACGAAAAGGACGGAAAAUUCGAAAUUCGUGAACACGGGACUAAUCGCGGAGAACUAAAAGAGUUUUCAGUGGAUUAUCCGAAUGAAUAUAUCACAGCCGUUGGUGGAAGCUACGAUACUGUUUUCGGUUAUGGAUCAGAAUUGAUCAAAUCAUUACUCUUCAAAACAUCUUAUGGAAGAACCUCUCCGAUACUUGGUCAUACGACAUUACUAGGGAAUCCAGCUGGGAAAGAAUUCAUGCUCGAGAACAAAAAUGGAGGAAAGCUUCUUGGUUUCCAUGGACGUUCUGGUGAAGCUCUUGAUGCUAUUGGACCUCACUUCUUCGCUGUGAACUCUUCUCUUAAGCACUUUAAACUGCAAGGUGGGAAUGGAGGGAGUGCUUGGGACGAUGGCGCUUUCGAUGGUGUUAGAAAAGUGCUCGUUGGACGAAAUGGUAAGUUUGUGAGUUAUGUCCGGUUUGAGUAUGCGAAAGGCGAAAGAAUGGUACCACAUGCUCAUGGGAAGAGACAAGAAGCUCCACAAGAGUUUGUGGUGGAUUAUCCUAAUGAACAUAUUACAUCGGUCGAGGGAACAAUCGAUGGUUACCUUUCGUCGCUUACAUUUAAGACAUCCAAAGGAAGAGUCUCCCCUGCUUUUGGGAAUGUGGCUGGUAAUAAAUUUGUGUUCGAAGAAACAGGUUUUAAACUUGUUGGGUUUUGUGGUCGGUCUGGUGAGGCUAUUGAUGCUCUUGGUGCACAUUUUGCCCCUCUUCCCGCUCCAACUCCAGCUCCAGCUCCCACUCCAGCUCCAGCUCCAGCUCCCGCUCCAGCUCCAGCUCCAGCUCCCGCUCCAGCUCCAGCUCCCGCCAAUAACAUUGUGACCAAGAUCUACAUUUCAUCUGGUACAGGAGGGAUUGAGCAAAUCAAGUUCAAUAAUGUCGAAAAGGGAGAGACAAAGGAAAGACCUCUUCAUGGUGUGAAGGGUAAAAAUAUCAUUUCAACGGUUGUGAUAAGCAAUCAUCCCGAUGAGUAUCUCGUUUAUGUUGAGAGUUGGUACGAUUCUUCCAAUGUCUUUCAAGGAAUUAAGUUCAAAACCGACAAGAACACUUCUGAUUUCUUUGGUUAUAAACUUUCUGAGGAUGAUGGUACACCAUUUUCUCUUCAAGUUAAGGAUAAGAAAAUCACCGGCUUUACUAGAUUCGCGGACUCGAAUCUCAAUUUUCCUGGAACUUACUUUGUACUAAACCAUUCCGCAUUGACUCCUCCAAACAAAGUGGAAGCUCAAGGAGGAAAUGGUGGGGAUACAUUCGACGAUGGUGGUUUCGAUCAUGUAAGAAAGGUUUAUGUUGGUCAAGGUGAUUCCGGUGUAGCUUAUGUCAAAUUCGAGUACGAAAAAGAUGGUAAAAGCGAGACACGAGAGCAUGGAAAAAUGACAGUAUUAGGAACAGAGGAGUUUGAAGUUGAUCCUGAUGAUUACAUCACAUCAGUUCAAGUUUCUGUCGACAAAGUCUUUGGUUAUAAAAGUGAAAUCGUCACUGCUCUUGUCUUCAAGACCUUUAAGGGUAAAACCUCACAGCCUUUUGGAAUGGUGACUGAGAAGAAAUUUGAACUUGACGGUAAGGGAGGAAAACUUGUUGGCUUCCAUGGGAAAGCUAGUGAUGUUCUUUAUGCUCUUGGCGCUUAUUUCGCUCCAUCGACAACUUCAACUACUCCAUCGGUGCCAACUUCGACUACUCCAUCGACUCCUUCUACUGCUAAGAAGCUACAAGCAAUAGGUGGUAAUGGAGGAGCUUCUUGGGAUGAUGGUGUUUUUGAUGGUGUUAGAAAGAUACUUGUAGGUCAAGGAAACGAUGGAGUAGCUUUCGUCACGUUUGAGUACAACAAAGGCUCUCAAGCAGUCCUCGGUGAUGGUCAUGGGAAACAAACAGUACUUGGAACUGAAACGUUUGAGCUUGAUUAUCCAAGUGAAUACAUCACUUCGGUGGAAGGUUACUAUGAUAAAAUCUUUGGAGUUGAAGCUGAAGUGGUGACGAGUCUAACGUUCAAGACUAACAAGAGAACGUCUCAGCCGUUUGGUUUGACAGGUGGUGAACAUUUCGAGCUGAAGGAGGAUGGUUACAAGAUCGUUGGGUUCCAUGGAAAAGCUGGUAAUGUGGUUCAUCAGAUCGGAGUCCAUGUCGUGCCCAUUUAAACCUAUUAGAGAGUUAUUAUUUAGGUUCUUUUCUCUGAUGAUUCCCUUAAAUAAGGUCCAUAGACCAUUCAUGCUUUUGGCUUUGGUGUGUGUGUGUUUCUUGGGAUUUUUUUUUUAACUUCUUCUCUGUUUUAGUGUCAAUGCUUUAUGCGAUCAUGUGAUGAUGUUCUGCCUUCAUGGUAUUGGUAUCAUUCCUGUCACUUGUCGAUUUUAAUAAAGGAUGUUUCUUUUC